UGUUUCCGUGUCAGGUAUUGCGAACUGUGACCGAUGAAAUAGAAACAUAACCUAGAUGUGAAUAGAAACUGACGCUGACAGUGCUGGAAAAGACUGGCGAACAGCGUCUGUGAUUCAACAUGCACCCAUCUUCCUGUGACACCUUUGUGGCUCUGCCCCCCUCCACUGAGGGACAACGCAUCAUCUUUGGGAAAAAUUCUGACAGGCCUUGUGAUGAAGUCCAGGAGGUGGUGUAUUUUCCUGCCAGAGACUGUACUGCAGGGGAAAAGGUCGAGUGUACAUACAUCGAGAUUGAUCAGGCAGCCCACACUUUUGCAGUUGUGUUGAGCAGACCAGCGUGGCUGUGGGGGGCAGAAAUGGGCGCGAAUGAGCAUCAAGUGUGUAUCGGAAAUGAAGCGGUGUGGGGGAGAGAGAGUGCUGAUGGUGAGGAGGCUCUUCUCGGCAUGGAUCUUGUCAGGCUCGGACUUGAGAGAGCCGAUACAGCUGAGAAAGCUGUGGAUGUGAUUACAGAGCUGCUGGAGAAAUACGGCCAGGGAGGAUCAUGCAUGGAGGAUGAAAGUGGCUUCACCUACCACAACAGCUUCCUCAUCUCAGACAGGAAGGAGGCAUGGGUGCUGGAAACUUCAGGGAAGUACUGGGCAGCAGAGAGAGUGGAAGGCGGAUAUCGCAACAUCUCAAAUCAGUACAGCAUAACAACUAAGAUAGACAAAGAACAUCCAGGCAUGAGAGAAUAUGCAAAAAGCAAGAACUGGUGGGACGGAAAGGCUCAGUUCAACUUCGCCACGGUCUACUCUUUCAUGACUACUGCCAGGAUAGAUGCCUCCGGGAGCCGAUACUGUGAAGGGAAGAAGUUGUUGGAAAAGAGCAACGGUCACAUCACUGCUGAGACGAUGAUGGAUAUCUUGAGGGAUAAGGAAAGCGGCAUCAACAUGGAGGGCAUGUUCAUGUCAACAGGAAGUAUGGUGUCUGUGAUACCCACAAAUCCUGAUCUGCCAGGAGUUCACUACUUAACAGCAACUCCAGACCCUGAAAGGUCUGUAUUCAAACCCUUCAUCUUUGUGAAACAUAUUGGGGAGUUGAAAGACACUGCUUCUCCCAGUUAUGGUCCAGAUGACCCUGUAAAGAAGAAGCCCCGCUUCCAGAGCAAACCUGACCGCAAACACAAGUUGUUUGUAAAGCAUGAGGUGGUGGCUGCCAUCAUUGACACGAACAAGGACAGAGGACAGAAGAUUGUGCAAAGCAUGAGGCAGCUAGAAAAGGAGAAGAUGACACAGAUGGAGAAGAAUCUUUCACAGGGUAUUGAGGAACCUGAUUUUUUGGUGAAUCUGUUCUCAAACUGUGUUGAGGAGGAGAUGAAUGUGUACAGCAAACGCUGAGAAGCCUGCAACUUGUUGGAACCACAAAAAAGGUCUCCACUGUGUCAGUAGAUGCCUCAGCAAUUUAUCUUUAAUUCAGGUACAAAUACUCACAUGCUCAUAUUAUAGAUCAGUGUAUCCGAAAUGAAAAUCAACCAUCAUGUAAAAAUUAGGCAUCACAGGAUACUCAGGCUGUAAAUCUCGUAGAUUCUGUGUUGUAAAAUAUGGAUUAAAAUGACUUUUCAUUUAUGUAUAGAAUAAUUGAGCAGUAAUACGGGCAGAACAUAUUCAUUGUGGGAUACAUGACUUGAGGGUUCAGUAAUAAAAUUUAUUUAAAAAUGAAUAAAGACAAUAAAUUUGCA